CAUUGCAGUGAGAGAACAAAACACAACCAACCAAGCCAGAGAGAAAUGGAAGCCUUCCCCAUUAUUGACUUGCAGAAGCUCAACACUGCAGAAAGGUCUGCAACAAUGGAGAAGAUCAAAGAUGCCUGUGAAAACUGGGGCUUCUUUGAGCUGGUGAAUCAUGGGAUUCCUGUGGAGCUCAUGGACACAGUGGAGAGGCUGAACAAAGAACACUACAAGAAAUUCAUGGAGCAAAAGUUUAAGGAAAUGGUGGCUGAUAAGGGACUCGAUGCUGUCCAGACAGAGAUCAGUGAUGCAGACUGGGAAUCCACUUUCUUCCUUAAACAUCUCCCGGUCUCAAACAUCUCUGAAAUCCCCGACCUUGAACAUGAUUUCAGGAAAGCGAUGAAGGAAUUUGCAGUUGGGCUAGAGAAUCUUGCAGAAAACAUCCUGGAUUUGCUGUGCGAGAAUCUUGGGUUGGAAAAAGGGUAUCUGAAGAAGGCAUUUUAUGGUUCAGAGGGGCCAAACUUUGGCACCAAGGUGAGCAACUACCCUCCCUGUCCGACGCCGGAGCUGGUGAAGGGUCUCCGGGCACACACCGACGCCGGCGGCCUCAUCCUUCUCUUCCAGGACGACAAGGUCGGCGGCCUUCAGCUCCUCAAAGACGGCCGCUGGAUUGAUGUUCCCCCUAUGCACCAUUCCAUUGUCAUCAACCUCGGAGACCAGCUCGAGGUGAUAAGUAAUGGGAAGUACAAGAGUGUGGUGCACAGAGUGAUAGCACAGACAGAUGGGAGCAGGAUGUCAGUGGCAUCAUUCUACAAUCCUGGGAAUGAUGCAGUGAUCUACCCAGCACCAGAGCUAGUGGAAGAAAAUGCAGAAGACAAGAAGUACCCAAAAUUUGUUUUUGAUGACUACAUGAAGCUCUAUGCUGGGCUAAAGUUUCAGGAAAAGGAGCCAAGGUUUGAAGCCAUGAAGGCCAUGGAGAGCAGGGCUGGAAGCUUGGGUCCUAUUCCCAUUGCUUAAGAGAAAACUACUGUACUGAUGAUACAGUUUGGGGUUUGGUCUAUUAGGAUCAAUCAUAGUACUAAAAAGGUUAAUAAGGUUGUUUCAUGGGGGGAUUAUUAUAUCUUCUUAUCUUUAAAGAUCAUUAUAGGAUUAUGUGUAAUUGUGUCUUUAUCAGUAAUGAUGCCACUUUACAAACAGAGAUCUAGUUACUACAAA